UUCGAGUCAAAAAUGUUGGAGGAAAAUCAGUCAACAACAGAAAACGCAGAGAAUGGGUUUAUAAGUGAUAGUCUUACAACUUUUUUAAUUUACCAAGAACGUACACAGCGAAGACUGAUCCCAUUCUUAUUUUCUGAGCUGUUUUUUCUUUGGACGGGCAAAUUGAUGAGAAAAGGCUAUAAAGGAGAACUUAAACAGGUAGAUGAUGUUUUUGAUUUACCCAAUAGUUUAGACCUAACUACUCUUGGCUCUGUUUUCAGUCAUCCUCUUGAAACUGAAACUUCCACUUUUGCACCUAUUCUCCUACGGGUUUAUGGACGUCAAUUUUUUCUUCUAGGCAUUCUCAGAUUUAUUGGAGAUAUUUUAAAAUUUGCAGGUUUCUUUCAUAAAAAAUUUUUUUUUAAUUUUUGUUAGGC